UAAGGCUGUUUCCUGUAGCAAGUGAGAAGCAGUUGAGAACGUGACAGAAGCAGACUAGCAAAGGAUGAGGUGAAGGAAGGCAGCCUGUGCUGGAGUUGGUGACAGUGUUAGCAUCCCGUGGGACCAAUCCCGACUUGUGCUUGACUAGUGAAUGGAAAGGAAUCUGGCAUGCCGUGUGCAGUAGAAGUGUGGGGGUCCAAAGUGGGUGGCAGGGAGUCUGGUUACCUUGCUAAUGCAUGGUUGUACCAAGGAAGCCUGCUCUGUGUCGGGGGGCAGGGCUAGGUCAUUUCCUAUCAUGCCAUGUACAAUACCCAUUAGCCAGGGAGCAGCCUCUUCCUGUAAAGAUUAGCAAAGCGCAAUCAGCAGCCAAAUUCCUGCCCUUGCCCUGAGCUAUUUUGGAUUCAAAUGUGUAGUAAAUAGUGCUGUCUACCCACUCUUUCACUGCUGAAUGUGAAUUUUCUGCCUUGGUACAAUUUUCUGCUUUGUUGAAAUACAAACUUGCUCAGAAUGGUCUACACAUCCAUAGGAAAUUACCAACAACACCCUUUCUAUACUGGCUGCUGUGAAAGCAAACAUUACUCCCAAUGAUCAGCGGUUCAUAUAAGGCAUAGAAUCGAGUUAUUACGUCUCUAAUCUGAAGGGGAGACAGUGGCUCGCUGAAUGCAACACAGUGAAUGGCAAGUGCAGACUGGUGGCUGUGUAUUUGCCCGUUAACAUUUAGCUUUUUUCAGUGUCCCUGUUCUAAAACUGGAUGACUCACUCACGCUGCCAUUUCUAUUAAUAAGGGUUUGAAGGCAAAAAAAAAGUGCUGCAAAACUGAAAGAUGACUGACUAUUACUUUAAUUUUGGCAAAAGGCAAGACUCUCUGAAUCACAGAACUGGCAGGAAGGGAAAUCAGAUUGUUCAUUUGGUGGAAGGUGCUUUAGAACAUGCUCCUAAAGGUUCUUGUUUUAAAGCAUCUCUUACUGCAAAUCCUGCCUCCCCCUUCAGCUUCCGCUUACAGAUGUGACACUGAAACCAUGUGCAUGCACACACAUUGUGGCUAGGGUUGCCAACCCUCCUGGAUUGGCUGGGAGUCUACCAGAAUCGGCUUCAAUCUCCUGGUGACUAUUGAAAGCCAUCCAGGAGAUCGAUAUUGUGAACGGGUUGAACAGUACAAUUAAUUACAUUACGUCAUGGUGACGUACAUCAUCUCCUGGUGACUAUUGCAAGCAAUCCAGAGAUUGAUAUUGUGAACAAGUUGAACAGUACAAUUAAUUAUAUUACGUCAUGUUGGGGGAAAAAAAAUCUGGAAUAGCUUCAGUUAGAGCUGGCAACCCUAAUUGUGACCUGUUUAAUAUUAGGUACUCUGUCAAACCCCUCAUCUCUGUCCAUGGCAUAGGGUGACAUUUUGAUUCCUGAUUACGUGACACAUCUGAAAAUCAAAGCAAUGCUGAUGCUCCGAACGCUUUUGCAAACGGAAGACAGCAUGUUUGAAACUCAUUCAGUUCAAAGCCACACAGGUCAGAAGGAACUUGACUGUAACAGAAAUUACUUGGGGGCUUAUCUCUUUUAAUUUAAGCCACCAUCAAGCAGCAGUCACUGCAAAACAUUAGCACAGCGCUGCAUAUUCCCAUGGCACAGAGGGCAUAAAUAAGACCUGCUCUCUGCUUUUAUGUCUCUUUACAACAGUGGGAAGGCUGUUUCUCUGAAUGCUUUCAAGGAUGGGAAGAAAAUGAGACAAAAACACCACUGGCUACUUUUUUCCUUUGGGCUGUGACAACAUUUAUAGCCCUGUCAUUAUCUUCUGCCUCCCCUACUGGCUAAUGUUCAUUUCUUCUCUUGAUGCUGCUUUAGAAAAAUCUCUUCUUGUCCAUUACUUCCAAGGCAGUGAAUUGGGAGAGACUGACAAUUGUUCGCUGCAGAGAGGGUGGGUGGGUGAUGUUCUUUAAAGAGCACCCUCAAUACACCUCUGUCUGAGCAAAGACUGCUGUAAUAGGCUCUAGGAGACAAUGCACUGAAACAGAUGCUUUAUUUAUGCCUUGCCAAACUUUAAUUGCAGGGGAAGAUUAACCCUAUUUAUGUGCCUCCACUGCUGCAGUAUCUGGGGGCUGGGGUGGCGUGGACACUAAGGUGCAUGGUUGAUAGUGCGACCAUGUCAGAUUCCAAUGAAUCUGUGAAUUCUGCUAAAUAUUUUGUCACAAGGACACAAAAGGAAGGAAGGGACUGCAGUAGCUGAGUACAUUUUUGAUUCUCUGGUCUUUAUAACAAUUAAAGACACGAUUGCUUAAUAGUCAACUUUCAACUUCUCCUUUAAAAAAAAAAAAAGCUGAGUUGUGCAGGAUGGAAGCCACUUGGAUGGUAAUGACAAGGAAGGGGGAAAUGCAAGAUUUAAUGACUGACGUGUCUUUUGCUUGGUGGUAGAACCAGAAAGGGGUCUAUGCUGUGAUCAGACACGGGACUUGCAGAGCGAGCUGCAACAGUAUCCAAAAAAAAAUCCAAGAUCCUUGUAAUCCAAAGGAAGACAAUUCUCUCAUAAUUGUCAAAAAGGAACUUCCCCAUGUAUGCCAAUGAGGUGCUAGGAUGAAGGAUGCUGCCAAGGGACUCGUUGAACCUGAUCCCAAAAAGGAAUUAAUCCAUGGAGCUAAACAAUAGUAUUUUAAAAGUGGGAAGACAGCAUAGGUUUUGAUGUUCUGUGUGCCUUCAACUGAAAUAGGAGCCACCAUGAAUAUAACAAAAGGCGGACUCGUGCUGUUUUCAGCUAAUUCGAAUUCUUCAUGCAUGGAACUAUCGAAGAGGAUUGCUGAACGCUUGGGAGUAGAAAUGGGUAAAGUUCAGGUUUACCAGGAGCCAAACAGAGAGACAAGGGUUCAGAUUCAAGAGUCUGUGAGAGGAAAAGAUGUCUUUAUCAUCCAGACUGUUUCAAAGGAUGUGAAUACUACGAUCAUGGAACUCCUGAUCAUGGUGUAUGCUUGUAAAACCUCCUGUGCCAAAAGCAUUAUUGGAGUGAUUCCCUACUUCCCAUACAGCAAGCAGUGCAAGAUGAGGAAGAGGGGCUCUAUUGUCUCUAAACUACUGGCUUCAAUGAUGUGCAAAGCUGGUCUAACUCAUCUUAUUACAAUGGAUUUGCAUCAGAAGGAAAUACAGGGCUUUUUCAAUAUUCCAGUUGACAACUUGAGAGCAUCUCCUUUCUUACUACAGUACAUUCAAGAAGAGAUUCCAGAUUACAGGAAUGCUGUGAUCGUGGCCAAAUCUCCUGCAUCAGCCAAGAGGGCACAGUCGUUUGCUGAGCGCUUGAGGCUGGGAAUUGCUGUCAUUCAUGGGGAAGCUCAAGAUGCUGAGUCUGAUAUGGUGGAUGGUCGACACUCUCCUCCUACGGCCAAAAGCGUAGCUGCAAUCCAUCCCAGUUUGGAGAUGCCCAUGCUGAUUCCAAAGGAAAAACCACCUAUCACAGUGGUUGGAGAUGUGGGAGGAAGAAUAGCAAUCAUUGUGGAUGAUAUCAUAGAUGAUGUUGAUAGCUUCCUCGCCGCAGCCGAGACGCUCAAGGAAAGAGGAGCGUACAAGAUCUUUGUAAUGGCCACCCAUGGCCUGCUCUCUUCAGAUGCUCCAAGGCUGAUAGAGGAGUCUGCUAUCGAUGAAGUCGUUGUCACCAACACAAUUCCACACGAAAUACAAAAACUCCAGUGCCCUAAAAUUAAGACUGUGGAUAUCAGUAUGAUCCUCUCAGAAGCAAUUCGCAGAAUCCACAACGGGGAGUCUAUGUCUUACCUCUUCAGAAAUAUAGGACUGGAUGAUUAACUCUUCUUUUAGACUAAAGGAAAUACCAUGGGCCAAACUGGAAGUGUACAGGAAAUGAGCUGUAAAGCAUCAUGCUCACCUUCAUAUUGUAUUGAGCCAUUUUUUGUUGGUUUUUUCUUGAUUUUUAAAUUUCAUACAAGAACAGAUUUCAAGAACAAUUUUUUGUUCAGUUUUUUGGGGGGAAAAAAGCAUCUUACAAAAAAUUGUUCUAGUUGCUUAGGUUAGUUGCACUAUAUAUGACAAAAAACACUUGAGGCAAGAAUUUAGGUCGUAACUUAAACAUUCCUUUUUUUUUUUUUUUUCCAAAGCUGCUUGCUACAAGUGCUUUAAAGUUAAUAAAAUGAAGUGACUGUAUAAUAUUUGCAUUUUAAAAGCCAAAAAGGUUGUACUGUUGUAUGCAGUUCAGUGACAUUUUGUAGAAGUGCUUUUAUAGAAAAGCAUAUGAAAUAUGCACCUGUAUUUAUUUUCUGCAACAAAGAAUAAAGAUUUGUUUUGU